CGCCUUCCAAUUGGCUGCGUUGAGACCUUCCAACAUGGCAGCGCCCGGCUCGACUCUAAAUUGCGAGGACUUCGCUGAGUUUCAGGAAUUGCUCAGGGUAACAAGAACAAUUGAUGACAGAAUAGUCCAUGAAUUAAAUACUACUGUUCCAACAGCUUCUUUCGCAGGAAAAGUUGAUGCUAGGCAAACUUGUGAAGAACUUCAUCAUUCGUUGAAAGAAGCUCAUGAAAGUAGGGAGAGAAUAAUCAAAAGCUGUAUUGCCCAAACUUCUAAUGUAGUAAAACGUCUGCAGGAAGAGAGGAAGAAAUCUCCAGAUGAUAUAACACUACUAAAACAACUCAGGAAAGAGCAGACAAAAUUGAAAUUAAUGCAGUCAGAGUUAAAUGUCGAAGAAGUGGUAAAUGACAGAAGCUGGAAGAUAUUUAAUGAACGUUGCAGAACUCAUUAUAAACCUCCAAAGACACAAUAAUGCAAAUGCGGGGGAAGAAUCCCCUGAAAGUGGUCUUCAGUAAUGCAAAUAAACUGGAAAAGAAACAUGGAACAAAAUGCAUGGGACCUCUUGAAAAAUGAUACCCACGGGAUCUAUACAAUGAGUGAUUUUGCUAAUAAAGAUAAACCAACUGUUAAUUUGUACAAGACAUAUGAGAAGAAAAAAAUUAAAAAAAUGUUCAGAUGGAAUGUGAUGUCACAUACUUGACCUUUUGAUAUAGUAGCAAAUGUACUUUAUGUCAAACCACUCUCAUAUACCUGGAGAUUUUUACAUAUAAAACAACGUUGUACUCUACUAAUUGUGUAGGUCCUUUUCAGACUGUGAGAAAUAUUGAGGGUAAACAAAACUUUAUUCCAAUUACCAACAUUGUAUAAUCCUGGAGUAAUUACAUCACAUUGUGAUGGCAUGUUUCAGAGAUGUGAAAGCCCAAGGGUCCCCAACCCCCGGGCUGCAGACCGGGAUGGUCUGCAGACCGUCAGGAAUCAAGCCACGCAAGUGAGCAAAGCGCCAUCUGCACAUGUGCGGAUCCAGGCAGCAUGCAAAACCAUGCCUCCCCAGUCCUCAGAAAAACUGCCUUCCUCGAAACCAAUCUCUAGCCACCUUAGAAAUUUUUGUUGAUUUAAGUAAAGAGUACACAUAAAAUUAAUAAGGUUGAAUUUUGGAAUGUUUUGCAUGAAUAUGGACUUCAGGUUUAAUUUCUGAAUGUGAUAACAGUAGUAUAUGAUCAAAGUAAAGUACUGAGACGAAAUACAAUACUUAGCAAAGGGUUCCACAUUGAUAUAUCUAAUAUCCCCUUUGUCGUUUAAAGUAGCACUUAAGGGAUGCCUGUAGAGACAUUAGAUAAUAUACAGUAUGGUUUUGGAUUGAUUAUGUGCCAUUAAAUUGAUGUUCACAACAUGAGAGUCUCUAUGACUCUCAUAAUUAUAGAAAUCUUUCAGAUCUUCCAAUGGUCACCAUUGUAACUGAGUCCAUCCAACCAGUUCCAAGGAUGGUGGUUUUACCUGUUUGAUAUUAGUUUUGUAUUUUUUAUAUUUAAUUUUAUAUGUCUCCACCUGGUUAUGCCCGUAUAUAAAAAACAUCCUUUUGGUUGUUUGAAGACAGUGUUAGCUAUGAAGAAAUCAUUGGAUCCCUGAUGGUGCAGUGAUUAAAGUGCAGUAUUGCAGGAAAACUCUCCCUUCAGCCAGGGGUUCACUCAGCCUUUCAUCCUUUCGAGAUUGAUAAAAUGAGGACCCAGAAUGUUGGGGGCAAUGUGCAAUAAUGCUUCUACAUUGUAAAUAGCCCAGAUAAUGCUAUAAAGUGCUAUGGAGUGGUAUAUUAAUCUCAAUGCUAUUGCUGUUGCUAGUAAAGAAAUAGCUAGACCAGU